GCCCAAUUCCCAUCCUCUCUGCAAGAAAAACAGUAUAGUCACUUUCUCUUCCUCUCUCUGUAAGAAAUAAGAAGAACCCCUUUCUUUCACUACUCCUCUCCCUCUCCAAUCUCCACCAUUAGAGGCCAAACCAGGAGGUGGGGUAGCCAUGGAUUGGAGAUCUCUGGGCUCUCUCUUUGCCACAUUUGUGUUUGUCAGAGAGAUGAUAAAAAAUUAUGUCCCCCUUGAAGCAAAGAAAGCUAUUAAAAGGUUUGGUAAGAGAUUUUUCUCAUUCCUCCUCUUACCCUAUGUUUAUAUCAUGGUAGACGAAUAUGAAUCUGGUUUAUUAAAUGAGCCCUAUGAAUCAGUACAAACCUAUCUUUCUCCUAAAUGCUAUGCUUUGGCCAAUACAUUAAAGGUCACAAAGGCCAACAACUCAAGCUCGUACACUUUUUCCAUGGACUCUAACCAGAAAAUAACUGACCACUUUAAUGGUGCUCCCCUUUACUGGACCUUUCACACUGCAAAGAAGAACUCAGGGAACAGAACAUAUGAAGACAGGUACUUUGAGCUCACAUUCUGCAAAAAACACAGAGAAAUGGUGAGCAAAUUUUACAUUCCCCAUGUAAUGGCUGAGGCCUCCUUGUUGGCCAUGAGAAACAGAGCGAUGAGGCUCUACACCAACAGGGCCACGGACCCAGGAGGCCGGAUCUGGUCCCCUGUCUUGUUCUUGCACCCGUCGACUUUCGACACCCUGGCGAUCGAUUCCUCGAUGAAAACAAGGAUCAAGAAUGAUUUGAUGAGGUUUGUGAAUAGAAAGGAGUAUUACAAGACGGUGGGCCGAGCAUGGAAGAGGGGUUAUCUGCUCUACGGGCCGCCAGGGACCGGAAAGACCAGCCUGAUCGCGGCCAUUGCCAAUUACCUGAAUUUUGAUAUUUACGAUCUCGAAUUGAGAUCAGUUAUGAGCAAUACUAAGCUCCGUAAGCUCCUCACUUCGACGAGCAGCAAGUCGAUUAUUGUUGUUGAGGACAUCGAUUGCUCACUGAACUCCUUGAACAGGGAAAAUAAGGCAAAGGCGAAGGCCGAAGAAGAGGAGGAGGAGGAGGAGGAUGAGGAGGAAAUUGAAGGAGAGAGAGGAGAUAACAUGAGUUUGGUGAGCCUCUCUGGGGUCUUGAAUUUUGUGGAUGGGUUGUGGUCUUCUUGUGGGGGAGAGAGAUUGAUGAUUUUUACCACUAAUCACAAGGAGAGGCUUGACCCUGCACUGCUUAGGCCUGGUAGAAUGGACCUGCAUAUUCAUUUAUCAUACUGUGGAUUUGAGGCUUUCAAGGUUUUGGCCAAGAACUAUGUGAGAUUGGAGGAUCACCCAUUAAUGGAGAAGGUGGGGAAGGCUUUGAGAGAUGUUGAGGUGACACCAGCUGAGGUUGCAGAGUGGUUCAUGGGCUGCAAAGAGGACCCAGAUUUGGCCAUGGAGACUCUGCUAAAUGAGCUGCUCAAGAGGCAAGGUGGUGACACUGAGGGUCCACAGGUGGGUGUUGAGGAAAAUGCAGCUAUGGAUUAGGAAGAUGCAGUGUUAGGCAGUUGUGAUUAGGUUACAGGGUUGGGAUUAUUGAUGUCCUCUCUCUUUCUCUCUCUUUUUCCUUCUUUCUAUCUGAUGUUAAGCAGGGGUGAUUCGGUCACAUGAUUGGGAUUAUUAAGUCUCUCUCUCUCUGAUUAUGGGGAUUUGGAUUAUCAACUCUCUCUUUGUCUUUCUUGUGUCUCCUAUGUUGUACUAUCUCUCUUAUAUGAAAUUUUUGAAUGCAUACUACCUAGUGUGGUUUCUAAUAAAGUUGCAACCUUAAACAAUCCAA